AUGGCCGCGGACGGGAGGACGCUUGAGCUGCACAAGUGUGCGGUCAUCCAGCUCGAGCCAACGCGGCCGGUGUAUGCCAUGGAGGUCGCCAUGGGGAGGCUGCUGCUCGGCGAGGCUGGCGGCGUGCGCGUGUUCCCACUGAGGAGUUUGAUGAAGGGUGGGAGGGAGAAGGAGGGGAGGAAGGAGGGUGCCGCGGCAUCAGCAAAGAAGAGCUUGCAUAAGAAAAACGGGAUUCUGAAUGGACUGAUUGUGCCAGUUGGGCGUGGUAGUGGCGCCCGAGGUGGUCAAGGAGGUGCUGCUUCCGACUGUAAGCUUACAACCUUGAGGGUAAAACAGAAUUCAGGGAGCUAUUCAUCUUUCUUUUUGGCAUUUAAUCAAGAGGAUCAUAACUCUCAAGGUGGUGUUAAAUUGAUAAAAUUAGUUAAAGCUGUUUCAAUCCAACCUUCUUCCAAGGACAAGUUUUUAGUACUUGAUUCAGCUGGAGUGAUACAUGCCUUCAGUCUUCGAAAUGCUGAAUUGGAACCGGAAGCUGCCAAAACAUGUUUUUUGGAUUGUGCCAUGAAAGUCCAAUUGUUUGCUGUUUUCCCAAGUAGCUCUACGAGUGAGUUUUUGUACUGGCUCUGUUCUUUUUACAUUGUGGUGGUUUACUUAAUUAAUAAAUGUGUUCAGAGCAUUUGUGCAGAGACACAGAUUCUUUGGGUUUCAGAUGGUGGACAUUCCAUACAAAUAUUGUCACCAUUGCCGGCAUUUGAUGUCAAGUCUCCUAAAAGCGACGAUGAUUUUAGUGAUGAGGAAAGAGAGUUAGCAACCAUUAAGCUCUCAGCUACUGAAGCCAUCUUCACUAGUGAAAAGGUUCAAGACAUUGUACAUAUCUCCAAGGAUUCCGUGCUUAUCCUUGGCCAAGGCAACAUGUUUUUAUAUGGAACUGCUUGA